GCCACAGCAGCUGCUGCUGCCGCCGCCGCCGCCGCCACCGCCGAAGCUGCCUCUGUACUGGCUGCUUGGAGGCUGGAAGCUGGAACCGAGCUGGGAGGAGGCUAAGACGCGCACCCUGGCUCCCGGGAACCCUCCCCUGUUCUCAUGGAGCACACACACUUCCAUCUCGCCAACAGCUCGUUCCUCUCGCACCACCGCUAUGCCUGCGGCUUGGGCUUUCUGCCGGUGGUCUACUACAGUCUCCUGCUCUGCCUUGGCUUGCCAGCUAACAUCCUAACUGUGAUCAUCCUGUCCCAGCUAGUGGCACGUAGACAGAAGUCAUCCUAUAACUAUCUCUUAGCCCUUGCUGCUGCUGACAUCAUGGUCCUCUUCUUCAUUGUGUUUGUAGAUUUUUUACUGGAAGAUUUUAUCUUAAACAAACAAAUGCCUCAUGUCCCAGACAAAAUCAUAGAAGUCCUGGAAUUUUCUUCCAUUCACACCUCCAUUUGGAUUACCGUCCCAUUAACUAUUGACAGGUAUAUUGCAGUCUGCCAUCCACUCAAAUACCACACUGUCUCCUAUCCAGCUCGUACUCGGAAAGUCAUCAUAAGUGUUUAUGUUACCUGCUUUCUGACCAGCAUUCCAUAUUACUGGUGGCCCAAUAUAUGGAUCGAAGACUAUAUCAGCACCUCUAUGCACCACGUCCUCAUCUGGGUUCAUUGCUUCACCGUCUACCUGGUGCCCUGCUCCAUUUUCUUCAUCUUAAAUUCUAUCAUCGUAUACAAGCUUAGACGAAAGAGCAAUUUCCGACUCCGUGGCUACUCCACAGGAAAAACCACCGCCAUCUUGUUCACCAUCACCUCCAUUUUUGCCACACUUUGGGCCCCCAGAAUCAUAAUGAUCCUAUAUCACCUUUAUGUGUCACCUAUCCACAAUAGCUGGUUGGUGCAUAUUAUAUCAGACAUUGCUAACAUGCUGGCCCUGCUGAACACUGCGAUCAACUUCUUCCUCUAUUGUUUUAUCAGCAAGCGAUUCCGAACCAUGGCAGCAGGAACACUCAAAGCUUUCUUUAAGUGUCAAAAGCAGCCUGUCCAGUUCUAUACCAAUCAUAAUUUCUCAAUAACCAGUAGUCCCUGGAUUUCACCAGCCAACUCCCACUGUAUCAAAAUGUUGGUUUAUCAAUACGAUAAAAAUGGGAAACCUAUAAAAGUAUCCCCAUGACCAGCAAGCUAUUUCCACUUCUGCUCCAUUUAGUGGGGCUCUGAGAUCUUCACAUUAUGCUUCCUGAAACUUCUCUUCUCAAGAGUGGCAACCAGAUUUCAUGUUUCUGUAGCCUGAGAGAACUAGUAGAAUGAAUCCAUAUUAGGCUGGUAGAAAAGGAAGAGAAGCAUGAUUUUAUUUUUGGGGGGGCAAGUCAUGCUGAGAGCAAAAGUCCCUGCCAGUUUGACACCUCUGGAAGGCAGGAGUAUACUGCUCUUGGGUCUAUAUGGACCCAUAGCAUUUAAAAAAUAGUAUAUGGUCAAGUCUCAGCACUCUAUGUGGUCACUGGGAAUGACUCUUUUUUUUUUAUACCAACACACCCAAGACCCAGUAGUGCUUAAUUGAUACUACCCAUUCUUUAUUCAAAGAGCUUAGGUAAUCUCUUCAUCAUGCUAUUCCUAGCUCCUAAGAUUGAAUGUUUCUGCAUUUUUCAAGGUGUUGUUUGCAUUUUGUGCACUUACCUAAAAAGGGAUUGUUGACUUGACAUAUCCCCACUCAUCAGUCACUGGUGCUAAAGAUGACACUUCGGGAAAUAGAAGCAUCUUUACCCAUCCUUCUCACUCCUGCUAGGCUCUCUUGGAAAAAGCUCUGAAACAAAAUGCUUUCUGUUCAUAUAUCCUGGGCAACCAAGAAGCAUCCCCACAAACUAACCUUAUGUAUAGAUUUUUUUCAUCACAUUCAAGACAAAGGAUCUUUCUGGCAAGUAAAAGAAAAGGAAGAUUUCUUGAGUCCAAAACAACAACAAAAAAGCAAACCAUUGCCAUUAGUUUUCACUGGAUUUUCCAGAGGACUCAUGAGUUUGUGGAAUUCUACAUAGAUACAGCUCUCUGCUUUAUUUUAUCUAAAAGGAUUGUCAUGUUGGGUUUUUUUCAAAACUCCAAAUAAGCUUUUUAAGCUUAGAAUUCCAAGUUUGCUCUUCAUGAAAGCCAUGUAGCAAUGAAAACAAGAUCCACAGUUCUUCUUGUACAGACAUUCUCUAAUUUGCUUUAUAUGAGGUGAUAAAAAAAUGGACCAAAUAUUUUGGGCUCAAGUCCCCCAAGAUUUAAAUAAAGACAAAAUCCACUCUCCCUGACAAUUCAUAUGUAUAGUCAGCUUUCCCAAAUAGUAAACAGAAACUGUUAACAGAGAAACACACCUGCUUCUCUAUACUGGACUCCCAUUGUCCCUUAGGGUUAGUUCUGGUUUACAUCUGGACUGUUAUAAUGAUGAAAACCUAUUUCCCUGCAUUUCCCCAACAAGCACAAAUACAGUGUGUAAAUGAAUCAGGUUUUCCCUAUAAUAUCCUGCAAACAUAUACACAUACACACCCGCUUUGUUUAAGUUCAUAUGCAUCUAGUUCUCUGUUUCAAAAAAAAAGGUAAAUCCAUUCCAUCAAUCAAUCACUUUUCCAACAGUUUACCAUGCCAUGAAUGAAAUUCUAGGCCUGAAAGCCAUCCUAUUUAAGAAAAACUUCAGGUUGGUCCUUCCAAAAUGACUCUGAAAAUUCAAAAUGGGAUGCUUUUAUUAUAAAACAGGAUAAUCCUUGUUUUCUUGAGAAUCUAGUAAGGUUCUCACCAGAACAAAUUACCUUCAUGAUCUGUUUUAAAUCCAUUAAGGUCCCAAAGAAGAGUGUAUGUGUAUUUAAUUGAACAGGAUUUGCAAUAAAUGAAUGGGAAAAAGCCACUAUAUUGCAGUUAGUCCUGACUCCUCUACACAACCCAAAUUCCAAGGAGUGACUAUUUUUUACUGUUUCAGUCUUCAUGGACCUAACUAUUCCCCAUUAACCCCUUAAGUGAGUGCUUUCUUGUGGAUUUAUAUUUACCAAAGUGUAUUAACCCAUAAUAGGUCUAUUUAUUUUUUAAAUGUUUAGUGACAAGGAAUGCUAGUUUAAGUUUUAUGUGAAUGAGUUCAAGUGCAAUAUCUAUAAAGAUUAAGUGAUUCAUUUUUGUGAAUGUAUUUAUCAUGGAAAAAUAAUAUUUAUAUAAAUCCCACUGUUCUAUAUUAAUCACUAUUCACAUAUAAAAUUAAAUGUUGAGGUUUGGGGUUUUUUUAAGACUGAGCAUAAAGAAUGUUUUCCAUGUCCUUCAAUUUAUUAUUUUUCUUAACAAUAGAUAUUCUAUUGGCUAAUGGUGUCAUUGAUUUUCCUUUGAAUUAUAUUUUAUAUUUUGAUAAAUAAUAUUUAAAAGAGAUCUAAUUUUUUGUCAUUCUAUUGAGUUCUUACUCUAUGCUGGUUAGAAUUCAUGUGAAUGUCUUUGUGUGUCUCUUGAACAACCUUGUUAUGUCUCUCUUGUAUGUGUCUCUUGAACAAUUUUGCUUCAGAGAAAUUGAGGGCUUUAGCUUACUUAUUAUUAGUAAUGAUAAAAAUAAAUAAAUAAAUAAAUAAGGAUAAUAAAUACAUUGAAGACUUUUAUUUCAGGCCAGUUUGGGAAACAAAGCCUUGACUUGAGAAGUCUGCCACGUAGGAGCCACUGUCCAUGAUACUAAAGCUAUGGCCUUACUUUUGGUCCGUGAGGCUCCUUAGAAAGACUGCUAAUGAGCCAAACUCUUGCUAUAUGAUUUGUACCUCCUGUUGGGCAUAUAGUGAUGUUAAGCAAGCACACACUGUAUUUAUUAAACCACUUGGGAACUAGAAUGUCUUAGAGUGACAAGGAAUGGAAGAAAGAAGAAGAAAGAGAUAUUAAAGGAAAAAUGCAAAAAAAAAUCCACUCAAAGGAGUGAAUGUCUAUUGUGGUAACAUGUGCUUGAAAAAUGUGACUGUAUACUUAUUGUAGAGGGGCCAGUUGGGAAUGUCUGAAGUGACUAAGUGAGUUAAAUUGAAUUAUAGAUAUUCCAGGUCUAGGAAUAAGAAGUAUAUUUAAAUUAUAAAUGUUCAUAUUUUCUUAAGUAGAUACUAUAUUGUGUUUGGCACACUUGUUUGUAUUAAUAAUAAAUUUGGAUCUGGUGCAUA